AUGGCGCCCUCAUUCCCCAAGAAGAAGUGCGGUGUCCUCGGCGCCACCGGCUCUGUUGGCCAGCGCUUUAUCCUGCUGUUGGCUGAUCACCCCUUCCUGGAACUGCACGCCGUUGGUGCCUCUGAGCGCAACGCCGGCAAGAAGUACAAGGAUGCCGUGCGCUGGAAGCAGGCGUCCUCUAUGUCUGCGGACAUGGGCAACCUUGUUCUACGAGAAUGCCGAGCUGCUAACUUCAGCGAUUGUGAUCUGGUGUUCUCCGGAUUGAACAGCGAUAUUGCUGGCGAGACUGAGAUGGAAUUCAUCAAGGCUGAAAUCGCUGUUUUCUCCAACGCUAAGAACUAUCGCAAGGAUCCCAUCGUUCCUCUGGUGGUCCCCACUGUGAACCCUUCCCACAUGGAUUUGAUCCCUCACCAGCGCAAGCACUUCGGCCUGAAGAAGGGCUUCCUGGUCUGCAACUCUAACUGUGCUGUUAUUGGUAUCGUCAUUCCAUUUGCCGCCCUCCAAGCCAAGUUCGGCCCUGUCGAGGAGGUUGAGGUCUUCACCGAACAGGCCAUCUCCGGUGCUGGUUACCCCGGCGUGCCCAGCAUGGACAUUGUCGAUAACGUGAUCCCCUUCAUCAGUGGCGAGGAAGACAAGUUGGAGAACGAGGCCCAGAAGAUUCUCGGUGCCCUUAACACUGACGCCACUGCUUUCGAUGAGCAGACCGGUCUGCGUAUCGGUGCUACCUGCACUCGUGUCGGCGUCACUGAUGGUCACAUGGCCUUCGUCUCGCUCCGUUUCAAGAACCGCCCUGCGCCUAGCGAGGAGCAGGUUGUGCAGGCUCUGCGGGAGUACCAGUCCGAGGCCCAGAAGCUCGGCGCUCCCUCUGCUCCCGAAGCCGCCAUCAAGGUGUUCGAUGAGCCUGAUCGCCCUCAGCCCCGCCUGGACCGUGAUAUCUCCAGGGGAUACACUGUCAGUGUUGGACGUGUUCGUGAGGGUCAGCAGGGUGGCUACUUCGAUAUCCGAUUUGCGGCUCUCUCUCACAACACUGUGCUGGGUGCUGCUGGCUCAUCCAUCCUCAACGCUGAAGUUGCGGUCAUCAAGGGAUAUAUUUAA